GUAUGAGGGCAGAAUACGAGUACGAGUAUGAGGGAAGAGAAAAAGAAAAUGGUUUUGGUAUUGCUUAAGUUGGCACCUGGCAUGUGAUGUAGGUAUCGGUGGUGCCUCUUCUUCUUCUUCUUCCCUGAAUCAAAAACCCUAAUUCUCCAUUUCCCACCAUGAUUCGGUAACUAUCAUGUACAAAGAGCGAGGAGGAGUGUCCGUUUCCUCCAAAUCGGAGGAUCGCAAGCGAAUCAACGACGUCCUCGACAAGCACCUCGAGCGAUCCUCUCCCUCCACUUCUCGCCCCGUCAACCCUCGCUCCACACUCCAAGCCGAGGAAUCCGAGACGGAGACUGAGGAGUCCGAUGUCAGUGGCUCCGACGCCGACGACACCUCCUGGAUCUCCUGGUUCUGCAAUCUCAGAGGAAACGAGUUCUUCUGCGAGGUCGAUGAUGAUUACAUACAGGACGACUUUAACCUAUGUGGCUUGAGCAGUCAAGUGCCCUACUAUGAUUACGCUCUUGAUUUGAUUCUCGAUGUUGAGUCGUCCCAUGGUGACAUGUUCACAGAGGAGCAGAAUGAGUUAAUUGAAUCCGCGGCGGAAAUGCUUUACGGUAUGAUUCAUGCCCGGUAUGUGUUAACCAGCAAAGGAAUGGCUGCCAUGCUUGACAAAUACAAGAACUAUGAUUUUGGCAGAUGCCCGAGAGUUUACUGCUCUGGGCAACCCUGUCUUCCAGUUGGACAAUCGGACAUUCCUAGGUCAAGUACUGUGAAAAUAUACUGCCCUAGGUGUGAAGAUCUUUACUAUCCUCGCUCCAAGUAUCAAGGCAACAUUGAUGGAGCUUAUUUUGGAACAACAUUUCCACACUUGUUCUUGAUGACUUAUGGACAACUGAAGCCACAGAAACCUUCACAAGGUUAUGUUCCGAGAGUUUUUGGGUUCAAACUUCACAAGCCAUAAAGCUGAAGUUGAAGCUUAGAUGAAAGUAAGAAUCUGCCCGUGUCUCAUUCAACUCUUCCUUUUGGUACUCUGCAACAUCCGGUGGAUCAUAAGCUUUCCAAACCAGUACAAUCUAGGCAUCUGUUUUACUUGUUUUAGGAGCGUGUUGUAAAAGAAAUAUUCAAGACAUGUGAAGCAAGUGCUUAGUUUCAGCUUCAGAUUCAAUGAGCAAGUGCCUUUGUACUUGAUACUUUUUAAUGGCUUUAUUAGAAAUUGUAUUCUUGCAAAGUUGCAAUUAACUUAAUGUUGUCUAUGUUUAUGCCUCGGAUUACAACUCCCCUUCUAUUUUUAUAUUGUUUUAUUCCA